AUGCUAUGGUUUUUCAACAGCGACGAAAAACUUGACGCCUUGGCUUCUACUUCAAGAACUUUACUUGAAGAAGCAGAGUCGAUUGAUGUGAGAACUUUGAACGUUGACGACCGAGAAAAGCAAUUUCACGAUGCCGUACGAGAACAUAUUAUUUGUCUUCUGCUAUUUCUUGGGUUGUAUCUGUUUUCUUAUUGGCUAUUGGCGAAAUUCAAACAACGAAAUGUGCUCGAUGCUUUGUUUGCUGGAGAAGAGGACUAUUUUGUUUACAGAAUUUCUCUAUGGAUGUGCACAGUAUCGUUGGCGGUUUCAAUCGGAUCAACUGUGUUGAUGCCCUUCUCAUUAAUUGGUGCUGAACUACUGCAGAGGUACCCGGGAAAUUUUUACCUGCAAUGGUUGUCCUGGUCUCUAAUACACUCGCUAUGGAAUUACGUUUUUGUUUUGGCAAACCUUUCACUUUUCAUCCUGCUGCCUUUCUCUUAUUUGUUUCUGGAAAGUCAAGGUUUCAGCAACAAAACAAAGGGGAUAUUGAGCCGAUUAUACGAAACGUUGGCUGUGUGUACAUUGUUUAUUGUCAUGCUUCUUUGCCUUUGCGAUCUCAUCUAUUACUUGCUGGUGGCUUCGUCCGAAAAUCUUUCAUUUUUGAGCUUGUUCUCAAUCUUCAGUAUUACUUCGGUGAAUCUCCCAUUACUUUAUUCGUGUGUUUCUCUAUUUGGAGUGAUGCUUCUUUUGGCUCUAACACCAUAUGGUUUCUCAAGAAUGUUUACGAUCGUCUUCGAAAAAGCACAAACAAAGCCUCCAAAUCCAGACGCCGACGACGAUAUUUUAAUUGAAAAACUCGAGAUGUUCUAUCAGGCUCGAAAUCUGACAGAACCUUCAGCAAUUCUAAAAAGCAGCUCAUUGAGCAAUUGUUCAACAUUGAGACACAUACAAAAUCCUUCAUUGCGAAAUAAGAGCACCUCCUCUGAUAAACUGACCUUUACAACUUAUUUAUCAUCCGGUGAUGCGCCAGAAUUUGGUUUAGCAUCAACCGAAGCGAUCACAUCACAGCGACAACCACACAAUGUUCAAGAUUUUCCAUUUGCCAAGCCAGAGAAUGCUUUUUCAUAUUACUAUAACAGGGCUACUAAAAGCAUGCUGGCCUUAUCAUAUGAACUGCCGCUUCGGGAAAAGACUAUACGUUGGUAUCAGCGAAUAGCCCACGCAAUCAAAUACCCACUUUGUGUAUUUGGACUAGUGGUUCUUACGACAAUUGCCUUUUUGAUGGUGCUGAUCAACAUUUUAAAGCUUUCUUUUGGGUUUCGUGCUUUGCCAGUUUAUGUUCAAUAUAUGGAGGUUCAAAAUCGACACACUUUUGGAUUGCUUGGGGUGAUUAUUGAGGUGAUAACGAUUUUCUAUGUCAUGACGACGUCGUUAGUUGGUUUUUAUUCUCUGCCGAUCAUGAGUUCAAUUCGCCCUAAAAAGGAUCACACUUCGAUGACUGCUAUUAUCAUUAACUGUUCAGCAUUGGUGAUUCUCUCGUCAGCUCUACCCGUUCUUGCUGUCACAUUAGGAAUAACUUCUUUCGACUUGUUGGGCGCUUUUGGCUCUCUUCGUUGGUUGUCCUCGUUUUACCUGGUCGUCGGAUAUAAUUGUCUAUUUGCCGGAGCGACCGUUCUGAUUUUGUGUAAACAAUUCACUAGUCAUGUCUUCAAGGAAUUAGCGAAAAAGCUAUUUUUCUGCGGCGGGAGGCGGUUUGGCGAAGAAAAGGCUGCAACAAAACUCGAG